AGUGGAGGCAAAUCAAGACAACCUGUUGCAUUCGAGUGUUUCGGACCAUUAAUAAACAGUUGUUUUAUUCGAAAUAAGUCGGGACAACUGAAAACGGACUGAAAUACGAGACUGCCCCGGGAAAAACGUGGUCUGGUCAUCCUACAACUAACGUUUAAUGGAUUGAUUAUUAGAACCUCCUGGGCUAAAGACUGCAGGCUCAGAAGAAAUAUGUAUUGGUGGGAGUAAUUUAGAAACCUGUGGAUUCAAUAGCAAAUCGUAAGAUUUAUAAUCAAUGUUUUUGUGAAGGCAUAUAUACACCUUUAUUUUUUACUGUGUAAUAGCUAAUAUAAAGACAAAUAUAUACACAGCGAAAAAUUAAGACAUCGUUGUUGGGCUGAAUGCGUCAUCAACUUGAGUCUUGGUGCUAAACAAUAUGGCUGCGCCCAUGACAUAGCUGGACAUCCCUUGUUUUCACUGCAUCUACGCCCGUGACUGGAACCUAGUAAAUGCUUUCUUCAUAUUGAGAAGAGUAAUUCCUCCUGUCUUUGCUCCAGAAUAAGAUGGCCACUCAGGGAAAACUUUCGAAAAAAGAGCGGAAGAAGCAGAUCCCAGCUAAGACAUCGUUGAACUCCCCUUACAGCCUGCAAUGGAGCCCGCUGCAGAGAGGUGACAUGCACUUUAUUUUGGAAACUCUGAAAAGUAAACUGUCAGCAACUGGGCUGGAAAAGAAAGAGAUAAAAAGGUUUCGACAGUGGGGGAAAAGGGCAAAUAAGAAACAGCCAACUGGACUUGCAUCAGUAGCUGAGCCUCCACUGACACCCCUUAACACAAAACCGGAACUUUCUGUAAAAAGCAGUGAGCAAGGCUGGACCAAUCUAGACGCUAGGAGACAACUUGCCAUUGGCAUCAAUGAAGUCACCAAGGCUGUGGAGCGGAACCAACUGCGGCUGGUGCUGGUGUGUAAGUCUGUCAAACCACCUCAUAUGACAAACCACCUGAUAGCAUUGUGCCAGACAAGGGGUGUCGCAGCGUGCCAGGUACCGCGGCUCAGCGAGAACGUGGCGGGGCUACUGGGGUUGAGGUGUGUCCUGGCACUGGGAUUCAGACGGGGGAAUGAGGAAGCGAUUUUCUUCGACGCCGUGGAAGCCAUCGUGCCCAGAGUUCCAGCUCUACAGGUUGCGUGGAUGCUGAGGCCUGCCAGUGAGACCAUUGAUACUGAUGAGGGGAAGGUAGCAGAGGAAAAAGAAACGCAUGAUAGAGGGCAGGUAGGAGAGGAAAGAGCUGAGGUGCAAAUGGAGGUGGAUACAGGUGAAGAGUUAAGGGGCCAAAAACGGAAGAUGGAAGGCUUUUCUCCAAAUGUUACAGAAUCUCCAUCCUGCAUACUUCAGCCUCUCAAAGUGAAAAAGAUCAUCCCCAACCCAAAUAAAAAACGGAAACCAAAGGCUAAGAAAAAGUAACAGCUGUUGGAACCAAAUCAGAUGAUGUGAUUUCUUAUAAGUAAUGAAUAUGAUAUUACAUGUGGGUGUGGGCUGCCUUGAUGCUGAUUGGAGAUGGAUCUCUGCAGCCAGCCUACGCAAACUGUGAGGUUGCACAACCGACAUCCCAUGGAGGACACAAAUCAAUAAAUACAGAAAAUAGUAUA